CCACACUCGAAAGGCGAUUCGAAAUAUGAGCGAUACAAUGGCAGUGAGCACUAUGAUUGAGCCACCCCUCAAUAAUGUAAAGCAUUCCUAUACCACCGGGCUUCAAGCGACCUGCGAGACAUUCUGGCAGGGCCUGACUCUCGAAGAGAAGAACGCAUCGACCAACCCAGAAUAUUCGCGCAGCUUCAACGACGAGCAUGCCUGGGAUCCCGCCGGUCCUGUUCAAGAUGCUUGGAAUAAAACAAUUUAUCCGAAUAUCCUCAAGCCGCUGUUUCUCGGGAACGGCGAAGCGAUCUUCAAACGCCGCAGGAAACAGCCGCAUUAUAUUAUCACUUGCUGGAUGGUUGGAAAGGAACGGCAAUCAGCCCAUCCAUCGGUGGUGUUCAUUUGUGAUGAUGCGAAGUUCUCUGAAAAAGCGCUGAAGCUCGUUCGAAAAAGCGAGGUACAUGGGCGAUGGGGGUUCCGAGUGUAUGGAUACAGGACCAAAAUCGCCUCGAAUCGCGGCGGCUCGGACAGAAAAGCAGAAGGGAACGGGGGCAUUUGCGGCACAUUGUUUAAUGUAGGGGACGAGAGCAAUGUAUACGACUACAGUGCGACCAUUGGAGGAGCAGUCGUGAUCAACGGGGUAUAUUUCGGCGUGACAGUGUCUCACGCGUUUCUUGACGCUCAUUACGGCGAUCAGACCGACGGAAGCGAUGACGACAGCGACGAGUCAAGUUCCGACACUGACCUUGACAUCCUGGAGCAUGAGGAGUCUAUAAAAUUGAGGGCGACACAAGCUUUUGCAACGGAUAGUACCGGCUCAAAUCAGACAAGGCUCCUAGGGGAUAUACCAGAAACUAUGCCUGGCUUCGAGAAUGGUAGAACGCAACCUGCAUUUUGGUCUAUAGAGGCUGACUGGGCGUUGAUACGGCUCAUUGACUCGGCUUCUCCGAAAAAUUCUGUGUCUACUGAGGACGGUGAGAUCGUGCUUUCGAAAUACUCAGUCUGGGCAGAAGGCCGGGUGUGGGCGGCAGUCGGCCCACUGAAACCAGUCCCUGCAAUUGCUUCCCAGACGUUGUGUGGUCUGUCAACGCCAUAUUCGGGGUUUCGAGAUGUCUUUGCGUUGAGAAUGAAACCAGAACCAGGAGACUGCGGUGCAUGGGUGGUGAAUGCCGACGAGAAAUCCGUUGUUGGAAGUAUAGUUGCCGGAUGCAGCGCCCAGGAUAUUACAUACGUGGCGCCGGCUACUGAAAUCUUCGAGGGAAUCAAAAGUCGCUUCACCAGCAUGCAGUUUCCUCCGGUUCACCAGCUUAGCCCGCAGAAAGUUGGAAGUUUCGAGUUGUGGCGGCUACUCGGAGGAGACUUAAUAAAGGUGACAAGGCCGGCGCGAUCCAUGACCGAAGAAGAGCGUCGACUGCGCAUUGCCCGUUGGGCUACGCGGAGAUGGAUGCGGAAGGUCGGAUUGCGGCCAUCUACCAUGAAAGGUGUGGACAAGAGCCUGCUACCUGAGCAGCAGGGAUUGUACCUCGACCCUGGGGUAGUUACCAGCAAACCAAAUUAGGCGAACUUGAGGAUAUGAAGCUACUACCCGGUCGCCGAAUACCAGGAGAUCGAAAAAAAAGAGAGAGAUCAAAUACAAGAGAAGGAAGGAGCAGACCAAGGUUGAGGUCUUUGACUGACAUGCUUGAAGACGUAUUGAGAUCUAGAGCCUCAUUUCAGUUCAAGUUCGAGAAAA